UGGAUGCUGUACAAAAGCAAGUUACGACACUCAAAACAAGUGAUCAAAAAACAUGUAUAAAUGGAUCUCACAUGGUUGGAGUAUUUGAAAUGCUACAAUCUUUACGGAAAGAUAAAGUGUUAUGUGAUAUCGAGUUGAAAACAGAUGAUGGUACAAUAGUAUUUGCACAUAAAAAUGUUUUAGUAUCAGCUAGUCCAUAUUUCCAUAAAAUGUUCACUAAUCUUGAUGAAUGCAAUAAAAAUCUUGUUAAUAUAACAGAGUUAGAUUCCACUGUUUUACAACUUUUGAUAAAUUAUAUUUAUACUGGCGAAAUCUUGGUCACCAAAAAAAAUGUAAAGAUUCUGUUAGCAGCUGCAAAUCACCUACAGUUAGGUUAUAUAAAAAGUGUAUGUGCUGAGUUUUUACAAUCACAAAUGGAUCCUUCAAAUUGUCUCGGCAUCAAAGCAUUUGCUAACUUACAUGACUGUAUGGAAUUGUUAUCAAGUUCUGAAGAAUAUAUUAAAAAACAGUUUUUAGAAGUGGUUAAAUAUGAUGAGUUUUUAUCUCUAUCUUCUGUUGAAGUGAUUAAGCUCAUUUCCUGUGAUGACAUUGCUGCCCCAAUAGAAGAAAAAGUAUACGAAUGUGUUUUUAAAUGGAUAAAUCAUGAAUUGGGUUUUAGAAAAGAUUUUUUUCCCGAAUUAAUGGAACAUGUACGUUUGUCAUUAAUAUCAAAACAGUUUAUAUUAGAAAAUGUAGUUGAUGAACCUCUUCUUAAAAAUAGUUCUAAAUGUAAAGAUUAUGUUAUUGAUGCAUUAAAUUUUCAUCUUAUUAAGUCACUUAAUCCUUUUACCAAUCCACAAACAAUUUGGAGUAAACCUAGACAGUCUGGGGAUUUACGAAAAGUUAUUCUUGUGUUAGGUAGGUCAGAAUCCACGAAAAACUUUUCUAUAAAUUGGUAUGACCCUGCAACCAAUACAUGGCGGAGAGCACUUGAUAUCGGAAAGGGCUGGCUGCCAGUUCAUCUUGCAUUAAUAGCAAAUAAAUUUGUCUUUGGUGUAGGAAGUUCUUAUACAACAAAUUCUCAGUCUGUUAAAAUGCUUGAUUUAUAUUCACAAACAUCCUCAUGGUUACCAUUGAAUGACAUGUCAGUUGGCCGAACAAAUUUAGGAGUUGGUGUCCUAAAUAAUUGUGUAUAUGCUGUUGGCGGACAUGAUGGUGUUAAUGGUUUGAAUAGUGCCGAGGUUUUUGAUGUCAGUAUUCAAGAAUGGAGAAUGGUUUCAAGUAUGUCCAGUAAGAGAUUCGGUGUUGGUGUUGGAGUUCUAAAUAAUCUUUUAUACGCCGUAGGAGGGUAUGAUAGUUCGUCAAAUCAAUGUUUUAAAUCUGUUGAAUGUUAUGAUCCGAGUAUUGACAGAUGGAAACUAGUUGCAGAACUGUCCAUAUCCCGCAGUAAUGUUGGUGUAGGAGUCUUAGACGCUGUGAUGUAUGCUAUUGGAGGUUGGGAUGGGUCAGUAGUUCUUAAAAGUGUAGAAGUCUAUACAGAAAGAUCCAAAGUUUGGAUUAGUAUUCCUGAUAUGCAUAUAUGCAGAAGAUUUCCUGCAGUAGUUGUAUUAGAUGGAUUAUUGUAUGUUAUGGGUGGAGUAAAUUGCGAUUAUACUUAUAUGGAUUCUCUAGAAAUGUAUAACCCAAAGACCAAUACAUGGAAGUUAGUGGAACCAAAUAAUGUUGGUCUAUUUCCAUUUGCUGUAGUAGUCAUUGAUGGACCACCACAUUUUAAAACUAACUAGUAUAAGCUUUAAAUAAGCUCAUGGUGAUAUUUAUAAUACAACCAUCUUUUGUUAAUAUAUUAUGAAUUAUUAUAAAGUUUUGUAAAUUCUUGAAUGAAAGUUUUUUUGUAUAACUUAAAUUGACUAUUGUUGAAUCAAAUAAACAAGCGAUUAAAUUAAUUAAAUUAUAUUAUUCUAUCAACUAAAUAUCAUAUUUACAUUGUAUCUCUUGCAACUAACUUGGUAAUAUUAUGUUUUAUUUCUAAAUGAUUUUACUAUAUCAACGAUAUAAUUUUAAAUUUAUUAAAGUUCAAUUGUAAUGUGCAAAUUAAGUUUGUAUGAAUGUUUUUAGUUAAUUAUUACAUAUGAAUAAAGUACCAUGAUGUAUAUAUUAUUUGUUUUAUUUAUAACUCAUAUUCACCCUUUUUUGACAUUAAUCAACUAUAAUUUACUUCUAUAUUGUAAUUUCAGCCCUGUGUUUGUUUUACUGUGUUUCUUUAGAAUUAUUAUAGUCAUAUUUUAUACAAAACUUUUGUUUCAAUUAAAAAAGUAGGUAUCCCCGUUUUGCAUGUACAAUUG